CUUGGUUCCUUGGGUCUAACAUUUCCGUGACUCAACGCCAUCCAUACCAACCUUUUUUCUUUUUAUCUUUUUCCAAAAAGGAGAAAAUUCUUGUUAGAUAAAUUUGUUUAUUGUCCUCAUAUUCAUUUCAAAAAAAAAAAAAAAGAAAGGAUUUUUUUUCUUUCUUCCCUUCUCUUUCUGUUCCCCUGUUGAUAAUAUACAGCUUUUUUAAGGUUGUUUGUGGGGAGAGAAUUAAGUAGAUUUAACUGGGUGGCCUCCACAUUAUUUAUCGCCACUUCUGGGGAGACUUUUAUGGGUUCUUAUAUACACGCUAUGAACUGACAUUGAUUGACCCUAGUACUUGGAAUUACUUCUUUUCAUCGUGUUUGUUGUCACCUCCCUCCUCUUUCUUUUGUUUUCACAUAUUUUGCAUUUAUCACUGCCCUUCGUGGGUACAUCUACAGCAUGGCACCAUUAUUAGGUGCUCCUGUCGAGGGGUCCUCUAAAUCGCAUUCUGAUACAUCUCCUCGGAAGAACAUUCUCUAUGUCGAUGCAUACGACUCCUUUUCUUACAAUGUGGUUGCUAUGCUUGAAGAGGUCCUAGGCGCCAAGGUUACCGUGAUGAUGAUUGAUUCGGAGUGGCCAGAAGGCAACAUAACCGAGUUUUUGCAAUAUUUCGAAGCCGUCGUCCUUGGACCCGGACCCGGGAAUCCUAAUGUUCCCCAAGAUAUCGGGAUCAUGAAGGAUAUCUGGGAUCUGAGUGAGGCUGAUUUGCUGCCCGUUUUGGGUAUAUGCCUGGGGUUUCAAAGUUUGUGUCUUCGCCACGGCAUUUCUAUAGGGCGGUUACCAUAUCCUCUUCACGGCCGGGUGUACCGUAUCUCAACGGCGAACAAGGACAUCUUCGAGAAUGUACAAGAGGUGGAGGUUACUCUCUAUCACUCUUUAUAUGCCAACUUGGGCAAUUCACUUGAGGCAGCCUUGGUCGAUUGCAGUAAUGAGAAGAUCAAGAUCAACCAGGACUUGGAUCUUCUGGCUUGGCUGCCCAUCGAACGAGGCCCCCCCUCAGAAAAGGCCCUUCUUCCUAUGGCGGUGCGACACAAUGAAAAGCCUUUCUGGGGUGUUCAGUUUCAUCCAGAAUCAUGCAAAUCGGACCGUGCAGCGUGCAGUGAACUACUAAAGAAAUGGUGGGAGGCGUCCCUAGACUACAACAAAAAGCACAGGUGCGGUUACGGUAACCUGCCGAGGGACGUGAUUAGAUACUCGAGCGAUGUGACCUCUCUUUCGGAGAUAGCAUUCACCAUGUUAAAUUGGUGCGCCGCAACCUCGCCAAAGUCAGCUUUUCGCUCACUUACUGCCAGAGAACUAGAAGCUGAGUUACUAUGCGAAAAACUAAAUGCUCCAGGAUCAUCAACUGUUUUAUUUCAGUCGAAUGGCAGACACAGUAUCAUAUCAGUGCCGAGCCCUACGAGCUGGAGAUUAGAAUAUUAUGCUCAGUCCGAGAGACUCCUGGUGGAAAAGUUGCAGGGGCAGUGCAGCGGACAUCUGGGCAGCAGUAUUGAGGAAUCUUUGUCAGUAGCUGACUUCUGGGACACGCUCAGAUAUCUCAUGGACAUGAAAAAGGUCGAGUCUGGGGAUAGUGCUAUACCGUUCUGGGGAGGAUUUUUGGGCUAUUUUUCGUAUGAGAUGGGACUUGCCUGUAUUGCUCGGCCGAAAACUCACAGUGAUGGGUGCUGCCCUACCCAAAAUAGUACCACAGGUGCUGAUCCACCAGAUGUGAGUUUGUUGUGGACUGAGAGAAGUAUCAUCCUCGACAAUGAAACAGGACGUAUCACAAUACAGUCAACGCGAAAUGCCGAUGAUAUACCGACCGGAUGGCUUGAUGAAACGCUGCAACUUUUGACUGAGCUUGCUCAUGUGGACACGGCUGAAAUUGAGAAUGUCAACUCUGAUACUGAUUUUUUGGAUUCCAUAUUAAGGCAAUGCGUGAUACGGUUCCCGAACGAGCAAACAUACAAAAAACAGUUCGAUGCUUGUCAAGCCGAGCUUGAAGUUGGCGAAUCGUAUGAGUUGUGCCUUACUUGCGAGACGACAAUUACUUUGCCGUCACCUAUCAAUGACCGUGAACGUGUUGCUCUCCCUUGGAAGCUAUAUAAACGUCUUCGGGAGUACAAUCCUGCGGCUUUCAGCGCAUAUGCAAGAUUGGGUACUGUCAAGAUUGCCAGUAGCAGUCCUGAAUGCUUCCUCAAUUGGGACCGCUCUUCUACAUUAGAAAUGAAGCCAAUGAAGGGCACCGUCCGGAAAUCAGUCAGCAUGACCGUGAAGAAGGCCAAGGAGAUACUGGGUUCAACAAAGGAAAUGGCGGAGAACUUGAUGAUCGCAGAUUUGAUUCGCCAUGACCUCUACGGCAUCUGCGGCUCUGGAGGUGUCCAUGUUGAGAAGCUUCUUGAGGUAGAGGAUCACGGGCGGGUCUAUCAGAUGAUCACGCAUGUGAAAGGAAACGUCGAUCCAGACCGUCCUGGCUUCGCCGUGCGGGACUUGCCACAUCUACAUUCAUCAAACAUGUCUUCGUACGGACUCACUGCCCUACAGAGGUGUCUUCCCCCGGGCUCGAUGACUGGUGCGCCUAAGGAGCGUUCAUGCAUGCACCUUUCUUCAAUAGAAUCCCGGAAACGUGGGAUCUAUUCAGGUGUCAUGGGCUUCCUCGACCUCGGAGGUGGGGGUAGUUUCUCAGUCCUUAUCCGCACUGCGUUCACUUGCUCGGAUGACAAGGACAAUGAGCAGUUAUGGCGCAUUGGGGCUGGUGGGGCUGUGACUAUUCUGAGCACCGCUGACGGUGAAUGGAACGAGAUGUUGACUAAGCUUACCACUGUUUGUGGUGUCUUUGCGCCGUCGGACUUAAAAGGUUCAUGUCUCUGACUCGUCUCUUUCACUCUUAUAGUUUCCUUGUAUUUCACUUCUCGUUUGUUUCUUUCUGCUUUCCCUCGUGAAGUCUACAUCAUUUUAUGUAAAGCAACGAUAUUCAACAGUUGCGGGUUUAGACGAUACAGUAUUGGAUUCAACAUUGAGCGUCGGGGUUAGAGGCGUUUGGAAGUUCAUGAUAUAUUUACUAUAUACAUCUUUGAUAAAAUGCGUUAGGAUAAAUUUUCCCUCAUUUUUACUUGCAUAAUUUGUAUAAGUGAAGCU